UAGCUGGAUCAAGGACGCUAGCAUAGUUUUCUCUUUUCCGAUUAGUAAAAAAGUAAAGGCCUACUUUGUUUUGGACUUUUUAUAUAUACAAAUACAUAUAGGGCCUAUCAGCAAUGACAGCAAAAACCAAGCUUUUGCAAUGGUCAGAAAUCAAAUUUCGGGAACGACCGGAGGAUUUUACACUCUCCGAACAUCCGAGGCUGACCCGAAGUGAUCCGCGGGCCUGGAUGACCUCUGCGACCCCCGUUUACCAAUCCACAGGUGACCACUACACUCACGCGUCGGUGGAUGUCACCAUGGACACGUACGUAUCUGGAUGCAACAGUCCUUUGACAGCGGAAUCUGACCUGGAAAGACCUAAAACAAAUGGUGGGGUCGAGCCAAAUCUGCCCGGUCCUCAGAGACACAGACGUGUGGCCGCCAAUGCGAGGGAAAGGCGGAGGAUGCACGGACUGAAUAGAGCGUUUGACAAACUGAGGAGCGUCAUUCCCUCCUUAGAGAACGAGAAAAAACUGUCUAAAUAUGACACCCUGCAGAUGGCGCAGAUAUACAUCACAGAGCUGUCCGAUUUGUUGGAGGGUGUUGUGCACUCGGAGUGCAGAGGUGUAAGGGAAGGUUGCAGCCCACCAGGUAGUCAAAGGAGUCCAUCUCAGUGUUUGAGGACCAGCGUCAAUUACGCAAUGGAUGCACCUUCCUCUAAUUUUGUUCCGGAGAAAAGCGACGUCACAUCGUCCAACGCCAGCGAUGGCGAAUCGUCGCAUUUUAGUGACAUUGAAGAAGGACAGACUGGAGGACACUGAUGUAUUUGGUGGACUGAUUUUGUGUCACUAAGUCGAUAAUUAAUCAUUAUUUAUUUGUCUGUGUUUUAGUAGACACCGUGAGAACCAAAUACAGUAGAUUUACCCUGAUGAUGGUUAGUUCUAGACAACGCUUUGUUAAAACCUGAUUGUCAAAAUUUAUGAAAGCUGUCAAAAAUUUACAAAAAAAAGGGGGGAAAUGAAGAACAAAUCUGUAUAAGCCCUUUAGUUGCACUUUAUUGACAGAUCCUUAACUCAUUUGGGAUUGUCCAUACUACAUGUACAAAACCUGCAUCAGUAAUGAGAGAAAUAUGCUAUUUAUGUAUCUUAGUGAUUUUUUUAUUACCUCAAAAGUUUAAUAAAGAUUCGCA